CUAAAUCACAAGAGAUUGAUAUGUUUGGAAAUUUGGAAGCUUAGAUAGAAGUAGAAAGAUGAAAGGGAUGCUCACGCUUCACCUAUGGAAUCCACCACCACGCUUCUACACCCCCUCUCUCUCCACCAAACCCCCUCUCUCAAUCUCCGCCACCUCCUCCCCCGAACUCCUCACAGCAAAAGAACGAAGACGCUUACGCAACGAGCGUAGAGAGAGCAACGCAACAAACUGGAAGGAAGAAGUUGAAAAUAAACUCAUUCAGAAAACCAAAAAAGUGAAUAAAUCAUGGAAGGAUGAACUCAACCUUGAUAAUCUCAUGAAGUUAGGUCCUCAAUGGUGGGGUGUUCGUGUUUCCCGUGUUAAGGGUCAGUAUACUGCUGAAGCUCUUGCUCGUUCUUUGGCUAAGUUUUUUCCUGAUAUCGAAUUUAAGGUAUAUGCUCCAGCUAUCCAUGAGAAAAAGAGAUUGAAGAGUGGUUCCAUCUCUGUAAAAUCAAAGCCUCUGUUCCCGGGUUGUAUUUUUCUGAGAUGCGAACUGAACAAACCAUUACACGACUACAUAAAAGAGUAUGAAGGUGUUGGUGGCUUUAUUGGAUCCAAGGUUGGAAAUACAAAAAAACAGAUUAAUAAACCAAGGCCAGUAGCUGAGGAUGAUAUGGAAGCAAUCUUCAAACAGGCAAAGGUGGAGCAAGAAAAUGCUGACAAAGCAUUUGAAGAAGAAGAGAAAAAGGCUGCCGUAAACUCUGGGAAUCCCAAUAAAGAGUUAGAAUCGGAUGUUUCAAAAGCUAUUGUCGAUUCAAAGCCUAAAAGGGGCUCUAGAAAAACCUCUAACCAACUAACAAUCACAGAAGAAGCUUCAUCAGCUAAAAAAAAACCUAAACUUGUAACAGGUUCUACUGUUCAAAUUAUAUCUGGAUCAUUUUUAGGGUUUGCAGGUACUCUCAAGAAGCUGAACAGCAAAACCAAAAUGGCCACCGUGCAUUUUACCAUGUUCGGAAAAGAGAACAUAGUAGACCUAGAUGUUAGUGAAAUUGUUCCAGAGACUAACUAAUGCCGUUAGGUUCUCGCCUUUUCCUGAUGGUAUGUUUCACUCUGAAAGUAAAACUUCGAAGAGUCGCGGACUGCGUGCUCUUUCAGAUUUUUCCACUUGUCGAUGAAGUCCAUUUUUUAAAGAAAAGCUAAAUGCAUUUUUACCUAGUGCAUACUUGUAUAUUAUAUUAUUGUGAGACAUGUACUGGUGCUUAAUAUUGAAAUCUAAGAUGUCUAUUUACUGAGCCUAAAAUUUGAAGGGGAUUUGUUGCAGUAUGCGUUUGUUAAUGAACAUUUAAUGACUGAAUCUCUCAUCCAAUGUUUUAAAAAACAGUUGCAACCAAAAA